AACUCGGUCAUGUCGGGUCCGAAUCGGAAAAUUCGACCGAGUCGUUUCUUACUACCAAGUCAAAGCCUUUAUAUAAAAGGACCUUGAAAACCCUUUCUUUUCCUUGUCUUCCCCAGCCUCCACAACCUGUCCAGGGCAGCCGCCGCCGCCGCCCAGGUAAAAAUGGCGGAUUGGUCAUAUCAUCCAUCUAUAAUUCAAAAAAUACAUGGGCAAUCUUCCCUUUCCUCUAGACUCUCUCCCAACUUGCAGGGCAGGAAUGCUAGCAUCCACAAUCUGUCCAGUUCAUAUGUUAAUGGAGGUCUUCAGAGUCCUCUCCUACAGGCCUUCCAAGGCAAUGGACUUCGUGGACUGUCACUUGUCUCAUCACCUGUGUUUGUUCAAGCACCCUCAGAGAAAGGUGCCACGGGCUUCCUCAUUGAUUUCCUCAUGGGAGGAGUCUCUGCCGCAGUCUCGAAAACCGCAGCUGCUCCAAUUGAGCGUGUGAAGCUCCUGAUCCAGAAUCAGGAUGAGAUGAUCAAGUCCGGUCGACUCUCCGAGCCCUACAAGGGAAUCGGGGACUGCUUUGGCAGAACGAUCAAGGAUGAAGGCUUCAUUGCAUUAUAUAGAGGAAAUACUGCUAAUGUCAUCCGUUACUUUCCCACCCAGGCCUUGAACUUUGCUUUUAAAGAUUACUUCAAGCGGCUUUUCAACUUCAAGAAGGAUAGGGAUGGCUACUGGAAAUGGUUUGCUGGGAACUUGGCUUCUGGAGGUGCGGCCGGAGCGUCUUCCCUCCUCUUUGUCUACUCCCUUGAUUAUGCCCGAACCCGUCUGGCAAAUGAUGCUAAGGCUGCUAAGAAGGGUGGGGAAAGGCAGUUCAAUGGCUUGAUCGAUGUCUACAAGAAAACCGUGAAGUCUGAUGGCAUUGCCGGGCUUUACCGUGGAUUUAACAUCUCAUGUGUUGGCAUCAUUGUGUACCGUGGGCUCUAUUUUGGAAUGUAUGAUUCUCUGAAGCCGGUUGUGUUGACCGGUCAGUUGCAGGAUAGCUUCCUUGCGAGUUUCCUGUUGGGAUGGGGAAUCACCAUUGGUGCUGGGUUGGCAUCCUACCCAAUUGAUACAGUCCGUAGAAGGAUGAUGAUGACCUCUGGCGAAGCUGUGAAGUACAAGAGCUCCCUGGAUGCAUUCUCCCAGAUCCUCAAGAAUGAGGGGGCUAAAUCCCUCUUCAAGGGCGCUGGUGCAAACAUCCUGCGUGCAGUCGCAGGUGCUGGUGUGCUUGCCGGUUAUGACAAGCUGCAGCUGAUUGUCUUAGGGAAGAAGUACGGAUCUGGCGGCGGCGGCUAAUUUCGCAGGAGUGAUGAUGAUGAACAAGGACAGGUGGUAAUCGCCUGUUCCCUUCCCUAGUUUUAGAGUAAUAAUUCAAGCAGUGGAUUUUUUCUGCCAAACUGAAAUCCUUUCUGUCGGUUUUGGUUUUCCCGAUUCUUAAGGGUGAAAAAAUAGCAUAGCUACUCGGAAUAUUAUAACAUUUGCCUGCAGUGUGCGUAGUAGCGUCGGUGUAGUUUUUGGUUUCUUUUUUGGGAAGAGGAAUCUUAUAUGCAAUGCUUCUUUUUUUUUUUUAAAAUUCCCCCUUUAAUGUCAUGUUUGGAUGUGGACCUAUAAUAGCCAGAUACUAUUUAUUUGUAUGGCUAUGAUAAUAUUAUCAUACUCUAAUUGUUU